AUGGGCUCGCGAGCCUAUACAUUAAGAGCACGCAAGCGGCGGAGCAACAAGCCCCGAUACAUAACCGAACCGCCGCGGGUUCCAUUCCGACAGGGGGCGAAUGGCCUGAGGAGGCGGGGCCGGCAAACCUACACCAGAUACCAGACGCUAGAGUUAGAGAAAGAGUUCCACACGAAUCACUACCUCACGCGGAGGAGACGCAUAGAGAUGGCGCACGCGCUCUGCCUGACGGAGAGGCAGAUCAAGAUAUGGUUCCAGAAUCGGAGGAUGAAGUUAAAGAAGGAGAUACAGGCUAUCAAAGAGCUGAAUGAGCAAGAGAAACAAGCGCAAGCGCAGAAAGCGGCUGCGGCGGCGGCUGCUGCGGCUGCGGCCGCCGCCCAGGGCCACCCCGAACAC